AUAAGAACAAGUCCCUUACCAGUUCUUGUAUGUACAUAGCAAAUUCUAAUCAUAGAGGAAAGCACCCAGUCGUACUGUGCACGCUUUGUCGCCAAAAUGCCAGAUUUUCUCUUCAGCCUUCUCAAAAAGAAGAAAUCCACGGAAAUGGAGCAGGCGCUGGAUGCUCAGAAAGACUCAGUCUCGGAAUUGACAUUGAUCGAAAAAGCGAAACCAACACCGUGUCAUGCACAAAAGAACAAAACCCGCCCAAACAACAGGCAUUAUAAUCCGGCUGAUCUUUGUUUCGGCUCUUGCUGCCGGAACUAAUCGAGCGAGUUAUAUUUACUUUGCGUGGAGUGUC